AACAUCAAUCAAUAGUUGAAAAAAACAAAAGAGGAUGGUCGCCAAAAUGACGUGGUCACGCUUUCCUUUUCGCAGGUUUCUGUUGAUUACGCUCCUCAUCAUCAUCGUUCUCCACGCCGUCAUCGCAUUCCCACCCUGCAUCUCGGCCAGGAAACUAGUGCAGAAAGAGGCGACGAAGGCCGCCUACACAACUGUUCUUCCUGCCGUCGACGGGCAAGCAGCAAACGGUGGGACGACAAGGUACCCGCCGGGUUACGCAGCUUUGGACGAUUAUACGCACGACGGUAAUUACGAUCCCAACCCACCAGCGACUAUCCCCAAGACAUAAGAGCUAAACUACGUACGUAUAAUCUUUGGAGUGCCCAUCUGGUCGGAAUAAUUUGCAACGUACGGCGUACAAGUUCAAGUGUACGGAAAGGUGCGGCCUUGAUGUUUUAGUCUACGAUCCAGCAAAUCAUAUUUUCUAUCGGUAUAAAUGAACGACUGGUUUUAUGUCAAAUCUCAUAUGAAUGCUUAUGAAUAUAGUGUUUGGUUUUGGUUCACCUGUUAUUAUUGUUUGAUAUUGUACGAUUUCGAUGCAAU